GAGAGAGAUCAGGAGGGUGGGAGGCUCAGAGCUUGAGAGAGCGAGUGCAGGAGAGGACGCAGAAUCACAGAGAGAGGGAGACAAAGAGAGAGUGAGAGAAAAUAAGUCCAGAAAAAGAGAGAGAUUGAGAGAGAGAGGUAGAGAGAGCUUCCCAGGAGGAGAAGAGGAAAAGUGAGGACUCAGAAAAGUAGGUGGAGGUAGUGUUUUCAGUGCAGCGUUGUAGCUCUGGUCUGCUUCGGUGAUCCGUCUCCAUCUGGGUGCCAUCUGUGUCCCUGGCUCUGGCCUUCAACCACACUGGAGCUCACAUAUGUGGGAAUGCAAACACAUGCCUGACAUAUGAAGGCGUGGAGUCACAGACAGAGACAGAAGAGAGGAAAGGAUAAGAAAGCAGAAACCGCACCGCUGCAGCUGACUUUUUUUUUUUUUUUUAUCUCCAAGGACUGAAGAGUGGACUCUGCUAGAGUGGAGGUAGGGAGGAGAUUUUCAAAGAGUUGGUCUUUCGAGGAGAAAUGUGGUGAUUUAUCUGUGAUUGUGAGUGUGUCUGCGUCUGCAAACUGUGCUUUUUUUUUCCCUGUGUGUUUGAGUGUGUGUGUGUUCCCUCUUAAGUCCCAGAGCGGCUCUGUACUGUACAGAUGGUGCCUCAUCCUCUCCUCUUUAUCUCUUCAUCUCUUCAUCCUUGUCCUCUGAGGUAGGAGGGAUGAGUUUGUCUGCCUGCUUCCUCUCUCUGCAGCCAUAUGGACAAAAAAAACUCCCAAUUGCUCGGGAGUCUCUUGAUAUAUUUAGAGGAUUAUAACAAGUUUCUCUGCAUUUUUUUAGUCAGCUUUAUAAAUGUACCCGUCUGUAAAAGUGGCAGAUUUUCUUCUCCGUUUCAAAGUCACAUCUCGAUUUGAGUUAUGUUUCUUAAAAAAGACAUUCCUGGUAUCUUUUUUUUUUUUAUUGGAGCACAAAAGCAGCUACAUUCCUCACUCAAGCUGCCAAAAAAGAGCGCCUUCUGUUGUUUCUUUCUUUCUCAACUCUCCAUGAUCCCCUCCCAUCUGUUUCCACUUGCGGCAAGAAAAGGAAACUCGCCUCUACCUGCGUGGAUUAGGAUUCCUCCGCUUUUAUUUUUUUAAUACACAAACUGCUACCUUAUCUUGGCUCCGAGUGUAUGUGUGUGAGGGACAUUUCUCUCUCUCUCUCUUUCUCUCAGCUGUCAUUUUACUGGGAUUGUAAUCUGUUUUUUUCCACAUGGCAAGCAGAGCAUAAGAAAUAGGUAAAGGAGACGUGUGCAUCUGCUGUACAGUUUUCCCAGACAUAUGGGGAAGAGGAGGGGAACUGCUGGGUCUCUCUUUCAUGCUGUGCCUACAUGUUAUACAACUCUGGGAUCAGUGGGAAUGUGAAUCCCAACAGAGGGCAAAUGUCAGUUUAUUUUACCACAAAUAUUAUGUAUGAGAAACUUGAGACGCACUGUCAGGGGAGUUUUUUUUGUUUGAGUACGUUUUCUCUCUUUUUUUGGAGAAGAAGGAGGCGGAGGAGGUGUGUGUGUGUGUGUGAGGGAGAGGUAGACAGAAAGAGAGAAAAAAUAACAGACCUGGCUAGUGUCAAGCCAGGCCAGGCCAACCCAGUCCAUCAGGGAGAUAGGAGAGACUGGCUGUCAGCUGCACAGUCUCAAAGCAGAGACCCCUGAAUGGUCUGCUGGACACUGUCACGCUCCUGACAGCGGGCUCUGCUCUGCGUUUGUGCGUGUGUUUGUUCCCAGAUGAAGGAUAUGACAUUUUAGUCUGCGUUAUUCAUAAAAUCCACUCCACGUCCAUUCAUCCCUGCCGCUUUUGUCAUCUCGUGCUUUUUUUUGUAGACUACAGGUUGAGUCUAAAGAUGCGCCUGUUUGCACCAGGUGUCCCGCAGUCAUUAUGUCUCCUCAAGUACAAGGUUGCCUGUCCUCAAUCCCAGCUGUGAGUUUCUCCGCUAAUAAAUACAGAAGCAGACCACCGUGACCCUCGCCGCACCGUGUCAUAAUCUCAAGAAUUCAUCCGCAGUGUACCCUCCUUUUUUUUUUUUUCGUUCACACAGAACAGAGCAGCUGCUUCGACGCAGGAAGUGCUCUAUUAGUUCCAGUGGCGAGGACUGUGAUAUCUGGCCCCCGGGGGUUCAAUAAGAGGUUGUGUGUUCGAGUGUGUUUGUUGACAUAAAAGGGUUAGGUCAUUUACUCAACAGAAAAACCGCUCAGUCUCUCUAUGUGGCGACUGAAUGAUUGUUUCAUCACAGCGAGCGUCUCCUGUCCUCGUGGUGUAAAUGGCUCUAUGUGUGUGUGUGUGUGUGUUUGCAGACGUAUCUGUGUCAAUGAGCAUUGAACCACCUGCGCUCUGAAAAAGCUCUCCCAUCGACUCUGUAUGGGAGCUCGUUGUGCUAAGUGCAUGAGUCAGGGGUCUCUUCCUGGGGUCUAGUGACCCUUUUUGUGGCCUGAGAGACCCGCUCAGUGAACCAAGAGGCGACCUUUAUUUUCUGUGUGGCCGGAGCUGAGUGAGAAGAGUAUCAACACACACUUAAAAAGCAGUGAUUGACCUCCACUGAAUUCAUCACUCGACUUAAUUCAAGUCUUGGAGCUCAGAAUUGAGACACAAGAAGGAAUAGAAGGUGUAAAUAGAUUGUGAUAGUUGUGGGAGGUUUUAACAGUUAUAGAAAGUGCUAAAAAGUUAAACUUGAGCUUUAAAACACUUUUAAACCCCAAUCUGUUCAGGAGAUGUUACUUAUUUACUCAUUUAGCAGAGAAGAAUCAAAUUUAAGACCUUGCUGAUGUUGAUUUUUGGCUCCCAAGCCUAAUUUCAGCAUCUGCUAUCUUUAAGGAUGAAGUCCACUGAUUUCCUGUGAAAAUGUUUGUGUUUUUUCAUUUAGCUUUCUAUGUUGGUCAUUUGUCAUAAAUGUAAAUUAAUUUCAGAGACAAGAUGAAGAUCAGAGAGCUAAAACCGUCCUGACUGAUCAUCUACCAUAAAUACUGGAGCAAAUUGCAUCUAGAUGUUUGCAAAGACUGCUAUUUUCUAAUGUAAAUACUUCGAAGAGAAACAGUCCCAGCUCGUGUCGUUGGGUUCGUGGGUGGACAAGAAAUGGGUGGUGCAGCAGCCUCUCUGGAUAAACUAUCAUAGUCUUUACUUCCCUUUUCCUCUUUUCCUUGUGAGACAGCCUGAGAAAAAAAAAACGUGUUUUCUAACUUUAAAAAAGGAGACUAAACUGUGCUUUCCUUUUACCGUUGGCUUGGCUGUGACUUAAAACUUUCUCUAGACACACGCCCACACUGACACUUUCAAGAACAACUGUUUUCAAGUCGUACAAAAGAAACGCGGUGUUCUUAAACAUAUGUCCGCUCAAACCAAUACAUGAUGCAAAGACAAUAACACCCAUCGAAACACACUUCUACCCACGCACACACUCUCAUCCUCCACAGUUAUCUCUGUCUCAUUCCUCUCUUUGUUUUGAGCACAGCUGGCCUCUUUGUUUUACUUAUCUUUCUCUCUCAGCGGCUGUGGAGCUGUGGUCUUUUAUACAGCUGGGGCUAAGCUCACCAACAGCUCUGUUUGAGGACUCUGUGGACUGUACCUACAGCUCAGCUUUGAUUCAGUGCAGCCCAGAGAACCUGAGGGCGUCAGAUUACUCAUCUGUGAAGAGACCGUGCAUAGGGAAAAGAUAAUGUCUUUUUUGUACGACAGUAAAGAGGGCACAAUCGUUAGUGGGUUUUCAUGACUUUUGGUAAAUGCUUGGUGUUUUUGAGUCACAUUCAGUGUUUCGAAAUGUGAGCGCAGGCAGAGGGACAACAAUGUUUCAGUUUGAAAAAGUGCAGUUUUCUCACAGUUUGGAAAGAAAUCUCCUAAAUAAUGUGCCCACAAAGCACCACGCUUACUUUAAAACACAACACCAUAUGAUACUUAACAAUACAGUUCAGUUUGUUACAUGGUAAUGUGGUAAUAUGAUACCAUACGAUAUGAUAUGAUACUAUGUAAUACUAUAUAAUACAAUGAUAUGAUAUGAUACUAUAUAAUACAAUAUAUGAUACGGUAUAAUAUGAUAUAAUAUGAUCUGAUAUGAUACGAGAUGGUAUGAUACAAUACAAUAUAAUAUGACAUAAAAUGACAUGAUAUGAUACAAUACAGUAUGAUAUGAUGCGAUAUGAUACUGUAUAUGGCAAUGUAUGAAACCAUAUGAUACAAUAUGAUACGAUACAAUAUAUGAUAUGGUAUGAUACGAUACAUGGUACGAUAUGAUGUGGUAAGAUACAAUAUGAUACGAUAUGAUACUAUAUAAUACGAUGUAUGAUACAAUAUGAUUUGAUAUGACAUGAUAUGAUAUGAUACAAUACAAUACAUUCUGAUAUGAUGCGACAUGUACUAUAUAAUACAAUGUAUGAAACGGUAUGAUACAAUAUGAUAUGAUACAAUUUAUGAUAUGGUACGAUACGAAACAAUAUAUGAUAUGGUUUGAUACAAUACAAUAUGAUAUGAUAUGAUACAAUAUAAUAUGAUAUGAUACAAUAUGAUAUGAUAUGGUACAACACAAUAUACACAAUUCAAUAUAUUGCAGUAUGUUAAGAUGUAAUGUAAUACAAAUCAAUACAUUAAAAUAGGUUUCGAUAUACUAUGGUCAGGAACUCUAUAAGACAAUACACUAUAGUACGGUACCAUAUGGCAUUUAGAUUUCCAUCACUAGAAUGUAUUUUAUCAUCCCCUCAGGGAUAUACCUCCUAAACUGCACACAGUCAUCCACAUCCACAGUGUUGUUAAACAACAAUAAUCUGCAGAGAAGCACAUAUCACCAAACCUUCUGUCUUUCUUAUCAUUAUACUAUUAUUUCAACACAAUGCCUAAAACAUAACAGUAAAGCUCUUUAGAUGAAACAAAACAUCGGCACUUUCAGUUAGGGUCAAAAGAGGCUGUGUAAAUAUCUUCAACAUGUUGAUCGCAACAUCUGGUUGGACCCAAUCCCAGACCGUUUGGCUGUUCAAGCCCCCGACACCUGGUCUGAAACAGGCCCGUCCUGAAGUGUGCUUUGUUUUCUCAUGUCCAGAGCUCGUAUUUUGUUUUAUGGACUACCUUAACCCACAGGUUCAUGGUGUCUCUGCGUGUGUAUGUUAAGUACAGAGCGGAGGGAAAACAGCACGCCGCCUGGCUGAGGGUUGAGAAGAUUGUCUGGGUUUGUCAUGUAUAAAAACCACGCUGUACAUCUAGGAUCCUCCAGACACAUAUGAUAUGCAUCUUCUCUUUGCGAAAGAGGAGAUUUAUACGUCUGCUCUGGCAGUACAUGAGUUUUUAUGCCCUGAGAAUGAACUUUAAGGGGAAGAGGAAAGAAAAUAGAGACAGGCAAACUUUAUUUAAAAGUUUUUUUUUUCCACAUGUGAGAGUUUUCACUUUGCGGUGUUGCGUUUAAAGCCUCAGUGGGCUCAUGAUGAUUGAUGGGCAGGCUAACCAAUUUGCUACGGAGAGGUGAGAAGGGUUGUAACCUGAUAGGCAGAUAAUCUACUGGCCUGGGAGAAGGGAAGCUGGUGCGGGCGAGAGUGUGUGUGAUCUUUGAGUGUGUGUGUUGUGGGUCCGAGGUCAUGAUUGACAGGUUUGAACUGUCCGUGUUAUGUCACAGUUGCUCUUGUGUUGUUGUAAAUGUGCGCCUCAGGCAUGCCGUUUCACAGGUGUGAGUGUGUGUGCAUGUGUGUGUGUGUUGCUUCAGGGAUAAGUGUGCUCUCUCUCCACUCAGCCGAUGACAAACCCAACACCUGGUAAACGGGGCCAGCACACACAUAUGAUGACACACAUCCACUUCCAGCUCUUUCCAUUGUGGCCCAGCUGUGUUUGUGACGCAGGCGUGUGUCUGUGUUUAAUAAAAUGUGUGCAAAUGAAGAGCACGCGUUUAUUUGACCCACUGAAACAGAGGCUGGAUGCACGCGUAUGAGUCCAGCUUCUACCUUUAACCUCUCCUGCAGACUCAAAUCUUUAGACUUUAAUAAAAUCCCAACCUCGCACAUGCUAAAUAUGAUUUUACGGUGAUAAAAUUCCCAACUUUAAAAACUUGCAUUAACAUCAAACAUGCGAAGAUGAAGUUUUCUGACUAUGUGAUAAUUUCAGCGUCCUCCCCUCAGUCUGACCUCAUGUACACGUGGACACUGUCCGCUUUUCACCGUCCGAUCCCUGCCAAACCUCCCCUCUCUCCCUCCCUCCCUCCUCUGCUCUCCGCAUCACAUCACUGCGCCUCUCUUUUACUGCUCAUUCUUAGAUUUUAUGGACGACGUCUGUCUGCCUGCAUUCUUCGCCGUGCCUUAUUUCGUUUUCUCCCUCGCUCGCUCUGCCACUAAGUACAUUUCCAUCCCUGGGUAAACUUUCUUUCAGCCUGUGGCAUGCCGGAUCACAGCGGUGUUAUUGUAAUCAUCGAGGGGGUUAUACGAGGGCAUUUCUCAUCAUCAUCACUCAGAGAAAUGUGACUAAUUCGCAGUACGUCUCAGUUUGAAAGUUAAAUCUUCCCCGUGAUAUUCUGUUUUCCCUCAGAGGUGUCCUCUGUCUUUCAUUUGGCGGCGAUGAACACAUUUCUCUCUUGCUGUCAGACCUUGCCACCUCUCCGCUGCUCCCCUCCUUUGCGGCACGAGGAGCAGAGUGUUGACAUUGGGUUUUGUCCAAAUAUGUAGUCUACAGGGCUGGAAGGUGGUAAUGAGAGCCAAGAAAAACAGCCUGGCUCAGAGUCUGACAACUUGACUUGUCUUUCAAAUGAAAACAGUAUUUUCUAUCCGUGUUAUUCCCAUCCUCCCCUCCUCGGAGGUAUUACUGCCUCCCCACCUCUGGCGCCUCGAUUUUGGCGACUAAUUUCUUAGCCCUGUCAGUGUUGAACUGUUUUGCACUCACUGCUCAAGGUCUGACAGAUCUGGUCUUUGAAUUUAUUCCUUAGUGCCUUUAAUUCUUACAAAGCUGAGCGUCAAUUCACGACAUUUAAUUCAGAUUUAAAGCCUUAGUUUGUGAUACGAAUUGAACAAAAUAUUCAAUCUCUGCUUUCAUAGGAGUCCCUCAGGUGUAAGGAGGCAACAGUUUAGGAGGCGUAGGUCUCAAGAGAGCAUGAAAAGUUAAUUGAAAUAAGCAAAGAGGAGGGUUUCAAUUCAUUUUCAGAAACUUAAUACCACACACACACACACACACACACAGAGGCAGAAAAAGGAUCUGAAACAGUCCUUGAACCUGCUGUUUAAGUACGAGGUUAGAACAACACAUCGACUCGCAGAGAGAUCACACACCGCUGAAUUAUCUGUGGAUGUCGCGGUGUGAGCGUAAGUGCUUGUCCUCGUCUUUGCAGCCUGUGUGUGUUUGUGUGUCUGAGAGGGUGGAGGUCAGAAGAGAGGAACAGAUGUGUGCUGUAUUGUGGCGGUGUGCGUGGACGGACGGGGACCAGGUGCAGCCUUUGUCUCCUCGGCAUUUAAGUCCACUCGCUUGCAUUCAGUCGCCUCGUGCCUCUUCCCCCUCAGACCCCCCUUCAUCUGAGAGAAGGCAGAAAUGUGUGUGUGUGUGUGUGUGUGUGUGUGUGUGUGGAGGUGGAGGAGGGGACUGCCUUGGCUUAGUUGAGGAGGCUCCAGCAGUCCCUUCUGCACCCCUCCUCCUCCUCCCUCACAGGUGACUGUUGGAGGUCCCAGCUGGCCAGCUCUUGGCCGAUUAGAUCCAUAUGGUACAGGAGGAGGAGGAGGAGGAGGAGGAGGAGGAGCAGAGAGAAGUGCCCAUCAGUUGCAUUGGUGCUAAUGGAGCUUUUAACUUGUCCUUUUUUUGCCUUGAGCUGCAAAGCAACUCAGAUUUUUCAUCUGUAGCAGUUUAAAAGUUCUCUUUUAUCAUGUUUUUUUUCCAUCUCUCGUCAAAUUAAUGAUUUUUUCUUUAUUCAAAAUUAGUACAUGUUGGUGAUAAGACAGGAUAAUUUACUUCUUUUUUUCAAAGUUUGCUAGAAAUCUCCAGAAACAGCCAAGUUAAAAUGGACAUCUUAAUUCAGAUUAACCUUCUCAAUGAUAAAACUUCAAACACAAGUCUGAUCUGAACCUGUUUACUCCAGGUAGUAGAACAUUUUAGUAUCAUAGCUGUGGCUACUAACUAGAAUGGACGCCGUCUGCCUCCUCGCUGGGUGAAGCCACCCCAAGAACAGCACCCUCUGGUGACAGGCUGCAGUAAAGGUCAUAAAUCCCACCUCCUCCAGCAAUCUCAAUGGAGCUGUGGACAAACUUUAGAAAUUAAUUACACAGAACACACAUUUUUCUCCCCCCUGGUUGCAAUGUUGACAUGUAGUUAUUGUAAAACUGGUUUGUGUUCAAGUCCUCUUUUUUCUGUGCAGCUCCAUUUUUAAAAGUUAUUUGCAUUUUCUAUAAUUGACACUUGAUACAGCCUAUUGGCAUACGAAGAUUGCGUGGCUCACCAGGGGGGGAUACACUGUUUGACCCAAGCGUCAUCGCAGCGACUCUUCUGCGUAAGUGGUGGCUACAGAAAGUGGAGAAAAUCCUUGAAAUACCGAGAGAAAUGGAGCCAAGUUGUCCAAAGUAUACACAGUCAGUGGCUUAGACACAACAUUUGAUCGGUUUUGCUGCCCAACAGUCUCAAAAUUGCUGAUAAUUUGUUGAACCGACUGGUAAAUCUUGUCCCAUUUAGCACUCAGUAUCAAGAGCAACUUUGUUUAGUUGAAGCACAGAUUGUAAAAUUGGAAAAUGUUAAUCCAUUAAUAUCCUUUUAUCUCCCUCUGCUGAUGAACUUUUGCUUUGAAGCCUACAUAGCUGAAGCGUUGCACAUACCCAGUUGUCCUCAGGCUUGUUGAUAAAUUAGCGAGGCCUGUGCAACGUCUCUUCUCACCUCAUCGAUGACAACAGGACAGAGAAGGUUAUCCACACACACAUUCACAUCCAGCAUCAUCUCUAACACUUGUGCACACAUGUUUCACAGCUGCCGGGGAGUUUAAAACCUCAGAGUUAAAACAUGAGCUCAAUAAUCUUUAACACUUAGCCCAUUUAUUUACAUGUCAAGUCAAGGGUGAUUUAUUUAAACUGCCUUAAAGCCCGUUAUCCCUCCUCCUGAAUGCUUUCUAAUCUUUAAUCAUCUUGUCGUUGCUAAUUUCAUUGUCCAAUAGAUUACUUUCAGCUCUAUCCUUUUUCCUUCCUCCUCUCUCUCUCUCUCUCUCUCUCUCUCUCUCUCUGUGUCUGUCUCCUCCUUUCUCUGAAUCAUCACCUGCAGAGGCAGAGAGGCAAUUAAAGCUGAUUGAAUGUUUUAAUGCAGACGAGCAUCACCUGAAGCUGAACAAACAGGGAACACCUGGUUAGCAACAACAGCCGUCACCACAGAUGCACAUUACCUCUCUGUCCUCACAAUGACAACAGUUGUAGAAAGCGAAUAAAUGAGCCUGAGUAAAUUACCAGUUCAUAAAAAUGAGUAUGUGUGUCAUCUGCUUGAGGAGGAGAAAUGGGAGAAGGAGUGAGGGUAGGAGCGGAUUCAUUUUUUUCUUUUUGCUUUACAGGAUAUAAAAAAGUGUCCUUGGAGUUAUUUUGAUAUUUUUUUAGUCGACUCAGAUGCCGGCUGAAUUUAAAGUGUUGUUAGAUGGACGAAGCGUUUCCAUUUAAUCCUGUUGACGUGUGUUGGGGAGCUCUGUGUACCUUCCCUUUGUUCCAUUAGAGCAUUGAUGACAGGUGGCAUUUAGACCAGACAAACAGCCCACAUCCUCCUCUAAGCCAAUAUUCACCUGAGUUAACAUCAGACCACUUUGUGCGCUCUGUGUGUGUGUGUGUGUUUUGCAGCCGCAGUGACAGCUGCCUCCCCUGUGACUAUAUACGGUGGACUCAGGUGCUUGCAAGCCAGAUGAAGUCAUCCAGCUAUGUUCGCUGUCUAAUUGACAAGCAGAGGUAAUUCUCUGCAGGCUUUCAGCACUACAUGCACACGCACAAACACACACACACACACACACCUGGUGUCUCCUGUUUUGGAUGUUUACUCUGGCGCAGCUAACGAAAAGAUAGAGCCACUUCAUCAGAUUGCAUAAACACAGCUGCAACCGUACAUUUGAGUCCUAUACUGUAAUGUCAUGCGUGUUUUUUGCCUCAUGUAGAGCUGUCAGUCAAACACAAUAGGGCGAAUACAAGCUCUACAAGCAUGACAGUCAAUUUGGACCCAGAACUUCAGUUCACUGCCAAUGGAGAACUGUUGAUAAUGUGCUAACAAGUACUUGUGAAUACAUUUCCAUGCACCAUUACUGUAUAGCGCUCUCUGAAUGCCCAAAUCCCGUCUCUUGGCCGUAUGAAGUUGUUUACAUGGUAACAGUGUUGACAUUAAGGCCAUAUGCCACGCUGAUUCUGUUAUUGAGAUGUCAGUCUAAUUUCCUGGCCAUACGGUUGGAGUGUGCAAAGCUUUGGAGCCGGUGUAUCAGUGUGUCAGUGUGUGUGUGUGUGUGUGUGCUGCAGGCUGCUCCUGCGGUGUUCUGGCAAGCUGUUUGUAUGGUGGGUAUGACAGUCCAAAUGUCUGCUUAGAUCCCUCCUUCCUGCCCCCCCCUGUGUUGGGGAACAGGUGGAGAGAUGGCAGGCAGGCCACACAGCUGAGGAAGAAUGAAUGAAAAUGAGGAGAGGGAAGACGAGGGCUGCAGAACAGGAGGCAGAACAGUCAAAGCUGUUUAAUGAGUUGCAGACACGACAGAUGAGUUUCAUGGGGCGAAAUGACAAACUGUGCGGAUAGAAGCAGUUGAUGCAAGGAGUUAUGAGGAAAGUGUGAGUCUCUCCAUAUGCCUUUGAUAUAAGAAUCUCUGCUGGCUGGUAACAAGGUUAGUCACAAUAUGCACUUAAACAAAUGCCAACAGACUGUCAAGCUUUCUUUGAGCUUAGAUUAUUUACUUCGCUUUAUUUUAGAGUUAAUUAAAACCACUCCAAGCUAAAAUGAACAGUUUCGCAAUUUGUUUUGAAACCUUUUUAUUUUACUCCAAGGUUUAAAAGCCCAGUGAGUUGAUAUUUUAGAAACAGCAGGCCAUAAUUUCCCCUCUGAGGAUGCUCCACUGUGAAAGGGAUAUUCCUGAGUAAAUUUAAGUCACAGUCAAACACACCCUAACACCGAGUUAGACACCCCCUCGAGAGAUGAUUUUUGCUGACCGCUUUCUUUUUGAGUUAUACCAACAUAAGCAAUGACCAUGAUAGCGAUAUACAGCGGUCUAUGUCUCCACGUGCAAACCUCAACCAAAACACCACUCUAUAGCCACAAACAAUGCUCAGAACAGCACCUAAAUUCAUAGACAGCACAUACAGGGUCCCAGCCAUAGUACUAGCCACCAAACAUCUUUCUAACUUUGACUAAUUUCUUUAGCAAAGAGACUAAACACAACUCACCCACUCUCUUCCAGCAGCCGCUUGUUGUAGGGGAGCCCUGAUGAGUCGAUCACUGAGUGCAGUGGAAAAUUUAUGAUUUUUACUUCAUGGAAAUGCAAUCAGACCGAGCACAUACAAGAUACACAAGAACUCUGAUUGUAUUUCCAUGAAGUAAUAAUCAUAAAUGUUCUUACUUGAGCUGUGAAACUCCGCUGCACUCGGUGAUCGACUUGUCAGCGCUCCCUUACAAACAAGUGGGUGCUGGAAGAAAGUGGGUGAGUUGUUUUUAGUCUGUUUUCUAAAUGAAGUUGAUGAAGUUAGGUGCUGUUCCGAGCAUUAUUUGAGGCUAUAGAGUGGCUGUUUGGUUGAGGUUUGCGCAUGACGACAUAAACCGCUGUGUUUUGCUAUCGUGCGGUCGUUGCUGAAGUUGAUAUAACUAGAGAAGCAAACAGUCUGCAACAUUUAUCUCUCGAGGGAAUGUCUAACUCAGUGUUACGGUGUGUUUGACCAUGACUUACAUUUAUGGCUCAAUAUCCCUUUUAAAUAAUAAUGUUAGAAAGAAGCGUCUUGCUCUAGCUCAUACAUUUUCCUGUCUGUUUUUUUGUUCAGCUGUGAAUCAUGAAUCAAUGAAAAUGUUUGGAAUUUCAUAUACAUCUUUUAUGAUUUGUGACCUUUAACUCAGCAGCACUACUUUAUAAAAAGAUUUGGAGCUCCAGCCCAGAGAGGGACAUCUGAGGGAAAGAGCCGGCAUGUGAAUACAUCGAAUUCUUCCCUCUAAGUUUUCUUUAGUGACCAACUCGCGGCUUAAACCUUCCAACUUAAAGCCUUUAUAAACUGGAACCCCGCAGCUCAAGGCCAUGCAGAGUUCAUAGCUGUGAAAAAGAUAUAAAGGGCGCCAUUGAAGCCAAAGCCCUAAAACCAUGAAUCCACAUUUAAAAAGCUGCUCUCUGCUGACCCAUGACCCGCAGGACCAUGCUUGUCUAUUAAUCGUCCAUUCUUGAAGCAGUUAGAAAGGUCUGAUCCACUCUAAAUGGAGACGGGUCCCGGCCUUCAUGAAGACAAAGACGGCGUCUGAUCCCGCAUCUCCAUGCCGCCACACCCCCCAUUUUACUCCCUCCAUUCCCCUUAUCUGGUGGUCUCAUUCAGGGGCCGUAGCAUAUUGAGAAGAUGCGUUUAACAUUCAAAAGAUUGCCGAUCUUGUUAGUAAAGCGUGAAAUAACCUCGUCCCUCUCUCACUCUGUCUCUCUUUUUUCUUUCUUCACCCCCCCUCCCCAUUAGCGGGGGGGCUCAAUGAGGGGGCUUUCUUCUCCCACACAAUGGGCUUCUUCAGCAUUUCUUCUGUUAUUGAUCUGAAUAGUUUGGGAGAAAGAGGCUAAACUUUAGACAUCUGGCUCUUUGAUAGGGGGUGGCAGGCAGGGUGGGUGAUGCCCUGGUAGUCUGUGGUGUGGGUUGGGGUGGGUUGGGGGGUGGGCACUUCUUUUUUUUUCUUUUGUGGCCAUUGAAGGAAAGUUUUUGCAUUGAUUUAAACUAUUGAAUUGACAGCAGAAGGGAAAGUGGUCGUCUUAUUUGCUUGUUUAUUCGAGACGUAAAUGCUUAAACGGAUUAAAAAGCUUUGUUUAUUUGAGUGUGGGAUGUUUAUCUGAUGUACAUAACAUGAAAGGAAAAGCUGGACUAAAUGAUGAAACCUGUUUUUGAUUCUUGAGUAGUGUUCUAGUCCCUGACCCAACAGUGACCCCUCUGGUGUUAUUUCUUCACAGACAGUAGAGAGAAGAAGACCCCUGCCAUGCCCGGUUCUCCUGUGGAUGCUAAGACUCAUUCCAGAUCAGCCCCCAGCAGCAGCUCCAGCUCCACGAUGCCUCCCCUGCCUUCAGUCAACCCCAGCGGCCCUCGUCCGGCCUCCUUCUCCACCACAGCAUGUGAGGGCCUUUCUUUAAUCCAAACUUUAUCGUAGCCUUUCUUCAAAUUACUAGUCAUACUCCAGUUUGGCCUCUGUCAUUUGUUUUUGUACUCAGAAACCGGAUUUGUAGCUGAUUUACAGAUCUAGUUUUGCUUAAAUGCUCUUUAAUGCAUUUAGAGUAGGGCUGCAUGAUAAAUCAAUUUUAAAUUAUAGUCGGAUUAUUUGAUUAUGACGAUGUUAAAAAAAUUAAAGUUGUAAAACCGAUUUUCCUCUCUAUCGUGUCUUGCGCCUCCAGGCCAACAUAUGCUCCUCCUUCCCGUGGGAGCGCUCCUCAGUUCCCACACACACACCAGUGUAAACAAACAUGGCGUUUGCGAAAGAAGGCGAUAAUUUCGUGGCUAAAUAGGACAAGAGCAAGUCAGUCAUGUGGAAUCUGUACGACUCCAGCAAACUACUCCCCACUGCAAAGUCUGUCUGAAGGCGGUAUCAACCACGGAAACGAAUUCAGGAGUAAACGCAAAAAUUUUUUGUUGUAUUGGCAUUUCAUCCAAACGGAAACGGUGUUUUGGGUGACUGUAAACAGCACUUUCUGAAAAUGUACAUGUGAGUGUAUAAAUCCGUAAACAACUUCCAUUUCAUCUGGAAAUGAUCACGUGACACACAGCAUAACUCUUUUAUGGCGCCUGUGCGUGUCUAGCCAAAACAACCUUUAUACACAUGCUCAGUACUCUUCUUCUGUCUUUUUGCAUUUCCAUGAUAGCGUUACAGCGCUACUUACUGGCUUGGCAUAUGCACAACAUCGUUUUCAGUGGUUUAGUUUGGCGAAGUUGUCACUGAAUAAAAAGUUGAAAUGGCUAAAAUUGUGCAGCCCUAGCACACAGUACUAAAACAUCUGCCCUCAAUGAUCUCAAAUCCACUACAAAAGAAACGUUAUCCUAAUUCCUCCUCUUUUUAUUCACCUUCUCCAGUAACAAAUGGGAAUCAUCAUUCCCCACCAACCCUGAACGCAGUGCCAUCUCCACCGCAGCGCUACAGCAACGGACCAUCUUCUUCCUCUUCCUCCUCGCUGGCAAACCAGCAGCUGCCAGCCACCUGUGGGGCUCGCCAGCUGAGCAAGCUGAAACGCUUCCUGACCACGUUGCAGCAGUUUGGGAACGACAUCUCUCCUGAGAUCGGAGACAGCGUCCGCAGCCUGGUUCUUGCCCUCGUGGUAAGCUCUUCAAAUAUUUUUCUAGAAGUUUUUCUUGGUCUUUCCGAGGUUUUGCUUUCUGACACUGUAGCUUUGGUUCUUGGUUUCCUGAUCUUGAUUUUUCUGUCUCCUAGAAUUCAACCGUCACCAUUGAGGAGUUUCACUCACGGCUGCAGGAGGCGACCAACUUCCCCUUACGGCCUUUUGUUAUUCCUUUCCUCAAGGUAAACACGCCAACUCCACUCCAUCCUCCCGCUGUAUAUUUGCUUUGCAUUUUUCUCUUGGAUUAGUUCCCUUUUUUUUUCUUCUCUCUCCCUCAAGUCAGAGUUUAAACUUUACACCCUAGACUCUUUUCUGCUGGAAACAUCUCACUCUGCUUAAAGCAUCAUCCUCACGUCUGGGCUGAGGUUUUCCACCCCGCUGCAUUAUUAAUCACGUAAUAACAGGCGAUAAAGAGAGGGCCCUUGACUCGAACAUAACCCUGAAUAAUCUACAAGCAAUCAUAUUACAUCUCGUGAGUCAUGCUGGAAAAGUAAUAGAUUCAUUACACUUUAUUACCGUGUUUCCAGGACACACUGCUGUUGUCUAUAAAUAGGGAUCCGUGUAGGUUUUCUAAUCGAAUAUACUACCUCUGAGCAGUUCAAAGCGGCCAUCAAGAUUUGCGUGUUGACUUGACGAGCAACAGCCUCCUGAGCCGCUUUGUAACCAAGGGAGAGUAUCAAGAGGAUACUUUUUAGGAGCUCCCCUCAGUUUAGCGGCCAAUAAAUCUUCAGUCCUGGUACUGCUAAGACUUCAAGCAAAGUCAAAAUCUUUGCCUUUUUUUUUUUUCCACACUUACCUCUCCCUCACCUUUUGGAGUCCCUCCAUCUGUCUGUUUUGAGAGUGCCGAGACAAGAAACCUCUGUUCCCCUCCUUCGAGCAAUUUAUUACAAGCGGGAGUGGGGCCCACUCAACUUGAUUCCAAGACUUAAGAAAGAGGGAGAGACAGAUGGGACAAAGUCGGAGGGUGAGGAUGUGGAAAAGAGGGAGAGAGAGAGAGAGAGAGAGAGAAGAAGUGGGAACUCGGAAGUGUGAAACAUGCCUAUAAAGCGUUCCCUUCCCUCUUUAUGGGCUCCAGUGCGCCAUAUGGAGCCGCUGUCCCGUUUAAAAAGAGCAUUCAGCUGCCAAGGCGCCGCCGAUCUAGCAUCCGCCCCGCUGAACCCCAGAGAGCUCAAGUGAAACGCUGCACAUGUGUUCGCUCGCUGGGGCCCCCGGGGGACGAGGGGACACAGAAGAGCAUGGGAGACAAGCAAGAGGGAGGAGUGAUUUAAGAGCGGACAAUAAAACCGAUCAGACCUAAGUGUCCGAGGAGGAUACGGUGAUGUGAGAUCUUGUAGAGAUGCUGUUAGGAUUGGCGAGUUUCACGAGGGCAGGAAAGGUCAGAUCUGAGGAGAAAGGAUCUCGUGGAUGAUUGUUUAAAGCGCUUUAGAAGGAGAAGGGGGCCACAAAAUGAGAACGGUAUGGUUGUUUAGCCGGUCCCUCUGGUCGAGGGAGUAAGGAAGUGCUGUAAUUGCAAACACACCAGAGUCUGUUCCUCAUUAGGGAAAUGUGGGGAACAAAAGCGAGAUGGAAAGAUAGGAUGGAGACAGUCGCAGAUAAAUAUUAAAAAAAGAGAAAGAGAGAGACAGACCACAGCUCCACCAGAAGUGGCGUCUGUGUAUCACUUGUUUGGAAACGUCUUUGAGUUUAUAAGUUUCCAUAACAUACUCUAACCGAGGUAUUGUGCCCGUGGUGUGCGCAAGUGGUUCCUGACCAACUUCAGGAGCAGCGUAGAGAACUCAGCCAUUUUUAUUUGAGCGGGGUUCACCGCAGCCAACAUGGAGGAAGCCACAGAGCGACACCAGGAGCCAAAUUGAGACUUAGAGCCAGACCUAAAGGAGUCAGUGCCCCCACUUCCACUGCCUGUAAUUUUAGCAGAGUCUCCCAAAGAGGGCAGAUCUACUUGGUGUCUCUCAGCUUUGUUUUCAAGCUUUUCCUAAACCGAUCUGUCUCCUCUUUGCCAGGCGAACCUCCCCCUUCUGCAGAGAGAGCUCCUCCACUGUGCACGGGCAGCCAAGCAGACCCCUGCCCAGUACCUGUCCCAGCAUGAACACCUCCUCCUCAGCACCACCUUGGCCUCGUCUCCAGACUCUUCUGAGCUGCUGAUGGAGCCUCCUGAGACUGGAACCAAGAGACACAGCCCCAGCAGGUAAGAGAAAAGUAAAACUCAUCAGAGAGCUUAAACAAAUCAACUUUUUAUUUCUUCUGCUCAGUUUCAAACCGCAUAUUCCUCCAUCUUUCUGCAGAGGUAAAGAGAACGGCUUCCACGAACGUCCACCUGUAGCCUUGGAGCCCGCAGCCAAACGAAUCUGCACCAUCAGCCCGGCUCCCCGACACAGCCCCGCCCACCCGCUGCCCCUCAACACCCAGCUUCACCCGACCCCACCGCCCUUGCAGCACUACGCCUUGGACGACAUCGCAGCACCACACAUCCUACACCGCGAGCACAGCCAACGCAUGCUGGAGAUCCGAGAGCUCAAAGACAGGCCCAGACUCCCUGGUACGUGAUGGAGGUUUUUACACCACACAGAGCUGUUUUUGAAAUAUAGAUCUCUAAGAGCAGACUCAUAGUUUCCAUCUGAGAGUUAACGGCUGCUGACGUUGCUUGUGCUCCUUCCAAAUAGCUGGUGAUGAGAACAUGAGUCUGAGUCAUGGUUGGAGCAGAAAGGAAGAAUUUUUCUGCUCAUUUGUGGCAGUAAAAAACUGAUAAUUUUGGGCUCUAAUACAUCUUUGUAGACAGAAACCAUGUCUCAAAUCAGGUUCAACUCAGAGAAAAUGUUCCUGCAAACACUCAAAUCGUGAGUCAUAGUGAUGUUUUUUUUUUCGUGUUUGUGGUAAAUUUAAGUUUUAACCUACAAGCACUGGUAACCCUCAGUGUCGCAAUCUCCUCUUCCAGUAACUAACGGGGUCUGUUGAUUAAAUAUUGACUGUGGUGUCGCUGACAUGCAAAACCAUGGCAGAGCGAUCCACUGGCAUCCGUAACAAGAAAGAGUUUAACCAGAACAAUGAUGGCGUCAAUGAAGAAAUAGACCAAUCAGAGAUGUUUGCAAGCCAAACUCUGGAGUGCUUCCUACAGAGGGGGAUAAGGGUCACCAAUAAAUAAAUAAAUAAAUAAAUAAAAAGGUAAAAAAUUAUUAUGAUGAAAAAAAAAGUCAGAAUUCUGAGUUUACAGUCAGAAUUAUGAGAUUAAAGCUGCAGUUUCAAGAUUAAACUCAAAAUUCUGAGAUUAAAGAUGCAAUUCUGAGAUUAAAGUCAGAAUUCUAAGAUUAGAGUUGCAGUUUCGAGAUUAAAGUCAGAAUUCUGAGAUUAAAGUUGCAAUUCUGAGAUUAAAGCCUGAAUUUUGAGACUAAAGUUAGAAUUGGAGUCAGAAUUCUGAGAUUAAAGUUGCAUUUCUGAGAUUAAAGUCAGAAUUCUGAGAUUAAAGUUGCAAUUUUGAGAUGAAAGUCAGAACUCUGAGAUUAUUCUACCUUUUAUUUUGUUUGUUUUAUUAGUGGCCCUAAUCCUCUUUCUUAGUUUCCCAUAGAAAUGUUUAAUUUCGGAGGUUUAAAAGUGUCUGGAACUGAGUUUGGACUCUGGAUUCUCUAAAUCCCGGUCAAAGUUCUCGCCAUGCAAACACAUCUCCAGUAACUGAUUCAUAUAGAAGUGAACCCACUUGCAGAAAAACAGACAUACGACUAUAUUCUGAUAACGGGUGGUCUGUGUGUUUGUCUAGCCGUCCUCGUAUAUCUCUGGAGUCUGCAUGUGUGUGUAUAAACAGAGCCAUACUGUCCAGGCAGGCAGGCAGGCAGGCGGUCAGGCCGGGUUGGAUCUCCUCUGGCGUAUAUCUGCCCUGCUUGUCAGCACACAGUGGAAACAGCAGUAGCUCAAACACACAUGCACAGAAACACACCUUGAUAUGUUCAUGGUAGAGGUGCUGUGUUUACGAGGCCUUAGUCCUUUGUCUGACAGCCUCCCGCCCGCCUGCCGCCACUUAACUCACAGGCACACACACACAUAAACACAUCAGUACACACACACGCACACGCACACACACACACACUUGUAGCUUUGAACUGAUGAACACUGAUGAGAACCAGGAGUGGGGAAGAGGUCGAGGGGAAGGCUAGUGUGUGUGUGUGUGUGUGUGUGUGUGUGUGUGUGUGUGUGUGUGCAUGAGGGAGUCAUUAUUCUCCUUAGCAGGCCCAGUGUGCAUGUGGCCUCUUGUUGGCUGUUUGUUACUCAAUUUUAAGAGACUGUGGUUUGCUGACUGUUUGUAGCUAGCAUAUGUGUGUGUGUGUCUGUGUGUGUUUGUGUGUGUGUGGACAUGUAUCAAGCUUGUGUUUGCAAAUGAUUAAAACCGUUAAAUGUACAAUUAGAUUUCGCUGAAGUCAUGGUGUUGAGUAAUAACAAUUGGUAUCAGAAAGCUGGGCUGAGUAUGAUGAGCGCAUGUGUGUGUGUUCGUGUGUGUAUGCGUGUGUUAAUGAUUGUAAUGGUCCACAGUGAGUGUCAGAGCGGCUGGUUGUGUUUAGAAGUGGAGCCACUCCACUCAGCCUGAGUGUCUCCCUACUGGAAUGCUGUGAGCUCCAGGAGGGGAGGUGCAAAGGGAGAAGUCUUGGUUAGUGUGUGUUUGUGUGUGUGUGUGUGUUUGUGUGUGUGGUUGACAGCUGACUUCCAGAUGUGUGCAGGCUGGGGCUGCUGGAAAUCUGGUUUGCAUCACAGGCUUCUCCUUUUCUCUUUCACCCCACCUUUCUCAGUCCCAAUCCUUAAAUCCCUCUAGAUUUUUGUAUUCCUUCUUUCUCAUCUACUUGACUUCAUUUCUGUCAGAUUAAAUUCAGUAUGUGAGGAGGUAUGGCUGAGUCUUUUAGGGCACGUUUCCACAGCUAUAGGAGAAAUACAUUCACAGUAAUCCCUGGAUAAGUAACAGUGACAUAACGCAGCUACAUUAUCUUUAAGUUCAAGUUUUAAAGCACAGCUUAGCAACUUUCACAGACUUUCACACACCUUUCACUCACCAGCUCAUACUUGUGGCUUGUUAAUCACAUUGGUCUGUCUUGUGUGUGUGUGUGUUUUUUAAUCAGGCACUAACGGGGGCUACCGCGAGGAGCCGGUGGACCACAGGCUGACAGACCGAGAGUGGGCUGAUGAAUGGAGGCAUCUGGACCAUGUAAGGCUGCAGACAGACACUCUCACUGCUAAUGGGGUAGUGAUAUAGGAAGAAUGCAAAGUGUGAUUUGUCUCAGGGGGGUCCCGCUCUGUGGAUGGUUUGACUUCUGAUUUCAUCAAAGCGAUGAAACGUCUCAGUACGACACGUGAAACAGAUUACAGAGGUUUUUUCAACAGUUAAAGAGAUCUAGUACAUGAAAUCUAGACGUGAUUCUAGCAUAAAAACUUAAAUGAUGUUUUUGUUCGUCUGACUCUGUAGGUGUUGAACUGUAUUGUGGACAUGGUGGAGAAGACGCGGAGGUCAGUGAGCGUGCUCAGACGAUGCCAGGAGUCAGACCGCGAAGAGCUCAACUACUGGAGACGGCGUUCGAGUGAGCAGGAAGACCCACGUAAAGGAGGCUCAGGCUCCGCCCCCUUCUCCAAAACCCACAGCCCCCACUCUGCAGAGCCGGGUGGGUACAACAACUCAGACUAAAGUCAUCACUCUUUGUUGCCAGUUAUUGUGAUUAUGAUUGCUUCACAAACACUAAGAUGAAUGUACUUAAAGGAACAGUUCACCCAAAUGACACAAUCGCUCAUCAACCCAAAUACUGCCAUCUUGUAAUUUAGAAGAUUUAAAAACAUGAAUUCCCAAACUUCUGCUUUAAAAGAAAGUGGGAUUGGAUCGUAAAUUGUCUGCAAAGAGGAGUCAAACAUGUACGGUGGAUACUUCACUACUUAUGCUGUGAAAUAUCCUCCUAGACAUCAGCAGUGCACCUCUGUGUCCAAUAUAAGUCUGCCUAAGUCUUGCAUUCCCUUAGAUAUUUCUUAUUUUACCAUGAAAAAAAAAAGAAAAUUUAAUUCUAAUGAGAUUAUGAAUAAAAAACUAGUGUUGUGGUUACAGGAAGCUGAUAUAUGCUCUUCAAAUCAUUCACAAAUAAAGAAACAAAAAACCAAGAUAGGGUGUCUUCAGGUUUUACACCUUUUCUUCAAACAAAUGAUGUUUUUUUUAAAGCUGAUUAUGUAUCAAUCAAAUGUAAAAAGCUCAGAUUAGAAGGUUUUUACUCCAGGAUGAAACACUUGAAGCCAAAGAAGGGUACAAACCCAUGUGAGGCAUAUUUGAGCAGCAUUGGUUCUGGGUCUUUUAAAAACAUCUGUAUCUUCAGAAUAGUAAAAUUAUCAGCAUUUACUCGCACUUUAAGAACUCUAAACUACAUGAUCAAACAUCCUCGAGUUUACUUAUUUGAGGCUAAAAGGUCUGAGCCUUAGUCAGGACAACCUAUUGUCUUUUUCAUGUCCUGUACUCCCUCUAGUGGCAGUUGAGGAAAGUGCAGCCAAAUCCCGUGUCAGUGUGUUAGUGAGCCUGUCCGCAGUGAGUCCCCUGGUCUGUUGUGUACUGGCACGGUCCUCUCUGAGCGCCAGCCUUACCGUCCCCCUGCUGGUCCGUAGUCACAGACAGGUGCCAGGACUGGCCUCGGCCAUAUCGGCCACAGAAGGGCCGUCCUGCCGUCCUGCAGGCUCAGAGACCUAGAGCUGGCUCAUUCACCAGAGCACCAUCUGGGCCCCCAGCCGGGAAGCCUGCCUGUUCGCUUGUGCCGGGGCUGAAGAAGACUGUAGUGGGGGUGGAGUUGGAGGCGGGUAGGGUGUACGCAGGCUUGGUUAAUGGGAGAGGAUGUAAACGAAGAAAAAAAGAGAGAGGAAUAGGAAGUGAAACAGAGGAUAUAGAGACGGGGAAAGAGGAGAUAAGCCAGGUGGCAGAGAUGGAGGGAGGGAGGAAGGAGAUGCAGAAAGAGAGAGAGAGAGAUAGAUUUGAAGGAACAGACAGAAUGUUGACACAGCUUGUUGGUCUGCGAUUCCCUCCAAGCCAAACACAUUCCUUCCUGAAGCUGUCAGAUCUCAGAUCAGUCCAAGACUCCGAUAAACAACAAUUACUACGGUCCUGUGGCCUAGAUAUGUGGACUUGUGCGCAUGGAAGGCGAAAUAAAAGAGGAGAUAACAAAGAUAAUAUCGCCUCCUCCCUCUGCAGUCUUUGUUUCUUUCUGCGAGCACCUGUUAUGUUGAUUUAACCGUCAGUCAACACAAAGUCAACCGUUAUCUUAACAAUUAGUCAUCCUAAUAUCUUAAUCUGCCCUGGCAGGUGCUAAUCCCUUCUGUCUUUGCUUCCCUGCAGAUUCCCAGCGCGACUUUGCUCCACGGCCAGGCUCAGCAUACGUUACAGAUGAGAUCUGGAGGAAAGCUGGUAAGAACACCGUCAAAUUUGAUAAGAUGCUUAAACACAAUUAAGAGCUAAUAACAUGCUUGAUGAUAAAUCCAACAUCACAUGCAUCUUUGAGCUGCUCCACAUACUCGGUCAGGCUCUAAGAAGCUGAGCCCAGAUUAAAAGUCGUGUCCCCUCAUGAUUUCUUUUUAGAAGAGGCGGUGAACGAGGUGAAGCGUCAGGCCAUGGACGAGGUCCAGAAGGCAGUGGCAGAGGCAGAGCAGAAGGCUUUCGAGAUGAUCGCGGCCGAGAGGGCAAAGAUGGAGAAGACUCUGGCCGAGGCGAAGAGGAAGGCUCAAGAGGACGCGAUCAUGGUCAUUAAUGAACAGGAGGACUCCAGUGAGGUGAGUGAGGGCGAUCAAAAUCAGCACCAGGCACUCAAAGAAACGGUUUUUAUACAUGAUCAGAGCGCUGGUUUGAUUUAAGACUUUACAAUCCAUGACAACAAGUGACCAAUAGAGGGCGGCACUGUAAGUCUAAGUGAAUUGGUCUUGGACAGUGGGUGUAUCUGUGUGAUUGCAUUAGGACUUGGCGAUUUGGCAAAAAAAAUAAUCACGAUAUAUUUUGUCAUAUCGUCCAAUCCCAAUUAUUAUCACGAUGUUUUCACGUAUGCAAGACCUUAAAUAAACAAAUCGCCCCCUCAGAGAUAAUGAAGACGCCUUAAAAUGUAAACAUUAGAUGAUGAUAAGGGAUUAUUUUAUCAACAUUCACAUUUCUAAAGUUAAGCUAAAAGCUGUCUGAGUCAUUUCUAAAGUGGAUCCAAAACUGCGUCAAAGCACCAGAUGUUGCUCGCUGUGAUUAACCUUCACAUAAUUAUCACCUGAUCCCGGUGCCCCCCUCUCUAAGUUCAGCCAGGUUUAAAAACAUCUCUUCUCUCAUUGUUUUGUUUUCCUGGCACGAGGCUCCGCAGUCCUGGUUCACUCCCACCACUUCUGUAACACAAACAUGUGUUUUUACUGAAACAUUCUCCAAACCUCCACUGUUUGCUGGUCGACCAGCACCAAUCAAAAGACGCGUAAAGACAUAAUGGAGCAAUUAGCAGCUAAAAGCCUGAUGUCUCCCCCAGGCAGGAAAGUAAACAUUGGACUUUAAUUUAUCAUGUGAUGAAAAUGAAGGGCAGUGUUGCUCCAUUUCUGUUGGAUGUUGAAAUAGUUAUGUUUGUGUUAAAAAGAUAAUAUUUCGCCAAUUUUAGGUUCAGAUGUUGCCACCACUCCAAUUUGGAGCUGCCAAAUAAGCGUAUUAAACCCUGCUUUUCUAACAUUGAUGUGAAAACUAACGAAUGUUGUCCUUUUUCUCUCCAGUGUUGCUGGAAUUGUGGCCGCAAAGCCAGUGAGACAUGCAGCGGCUGCAACGCCGCACGCUACUGCGGCUCCUUUUGUCAGCACAAAGACUGGGAGAGGCAUCACCUCAUCUGCAGCCCAGGACUUCAGGCUCAGCCCAAACCGGUUUCUGCGAGCAGGACGGCGACUGUAGCAGCAGCAGCAGCAGCAGCAUCAGGAGCAGCCGGCGUGUCUCCCAUCGGUCUGGCGGGGGUCAAAGCCUCCGACAGCGUGCCCUCAAUCUCCAGCCCCGGUGGAGAGAAAGCAUCCGUUGCCUCCCGCUCCUCCACUCCCUCCACCCCGGCCUCGGCUCCUGAGACCAACGGGCACUGAGGAGGGGAAGGACAUCAGCGGUGGACGUGUCACCUAUCCUCAAGGCUUAAAGAGAAGAACUGAAUCAGCAGGAGGAGGGAACAAUUUGUGGGUUAAGUUAGGAUAACAGAUUUUUCAUCAUACUCUUUGGCAGAGAAAAAAGGACAGAUUAUGGAUGACUGUCUGAGUGAUAUGUCAACUGGGACUUUGGCUUUGGCACAGAACAGAAGGACUCGUCUCGAACGCAUCCAUUGGUUGAACAGAUCUCCCUAACAGAUGGAAACGUGUUUGUCUUCGUCCAAAAAAACCCUCAAUCUUGGAUCUGCGAGGGACGGAAAAAAAAGCAAAAACUGACGAUUGAUCUGAGUUUAUCUCUGGCUGCAGAGGGAGAAGUUAUGAAAGGAGAUUAAAGAAGUGAGAUAUACAAAACUAUAUUUUCCCUUUUGUUGUGUAAAAAAGUGAAGACGGAGAGGUGGUAAACGUGUAAACAGUGUAACAGUACUAUCCACAAAAGCUUCUGUUUCCACAAAAUCUGACUCUAGCUCUUCUGUACACAUAAAUAUUUGCUCGCCAACUCCUCGUCAGGUUUUCAUAUGUGUGAAUGUCAAAAUGGUCGUGACGUCAGUGAAUAUUGUACAGCAUAUUUUGUCAAAGCAAUAUUAAAGUGAAGUGUUCAGGUACUUUAAAACAUUUCUGCAUCACCAAAGUUUUCAGUGGCUAAAAAGAAAGAGAGAAAGUUGUCUGUGUCCUCAUGAAGAAGAGAUGAUUAUACACUAACUUAACAUCAUAUCUACGUUUCAAACAAGCUUCAAUCUUUUCACCCUUUUCUGUUUCUGAUUGUAAAAUCUUUUAAGAGCAGAAAGAGAGACGAUGGUUUUGGUUAAGAUGCAGUGAAGACUUUAUUCGAGUUGCAGUUUCAUUUUUGGCACUUGUUCACGUCACCAGGUGUGUGUACGGCAGGGUCAGAGCUUGCUCCAAAGCUGCAGCCAUUGCAGAAAGGUGGUAGAAAUUCAGCGCGUGCACACGGCUGCGGUUCAGAUUUUGUUCAGUGACUCGGAGACCCAUGGAGAAUCUCAGGAGCUAAACUGUAUUUGUUUGUACAGAUCAUUCUUUUCUUUUUCUCUUCUGUCACAGUUAGGUUAAAGUCAAACGUUUAGUGAGGAACUUUGAUUUAUCGUAUUCUGCUGUUUCAACCGAGACAUUGUUUGUUGUUUUUGUUCGUUGUAAGAUGACUUUGUAAAAAAUAUUAUGAGAGAAUGCCUUUAUUUUGUGAGCCACACGUUUCUUUGUUCUUCUAACACAUUCUUUUGUUAUGAGGCAUAACUUCAUAUGACAAAAAGAUAUCUUGACAUGAAGUAUGAAAUAAAGAAAUAGAAUUACUUAAA